AUAAGAUAUCAAUUUUAGGAGCACCCGUCAUUGAAGGAGGCUCCGAGGCGGACUUUUGCUAAUUCUCGCACAGAGAAACCUUCAAGGAUCCAUAGGACAUCCUCUUGCGUGUUUAAUCCCCCUUCCCCCGCCUUCCCAUGGCCUGUUUAUCCCGAGCAGGCUUCCUCUCCACCUCCAGGAGUAUUUGGUCGAGGCGAAAGGUUUUUAUUCCCGCUGCUCUGCGCUGUACUCCAGCCACUGGGAUCCCGAUAGUUCGACGUACCCUAGCAUCUUCAAGCUUGCCUCCGUCUCCAUCAUUUCAGCUUUCGCCAUGGAGAAGGUUCCUCCAGACACUUGGACGCGUUACCCUUGUCACUAUUCUCACAAGCGGCGGCGUUUUUCUCUAUAUUACACAUAAAGACCGGACACCCGGCCCUCAGGAACCAUUUGACCCUUCCAAAAAAACAAUUGUAAUAUUGGGGAGUGGAUGGGGAGCAACUAGCCUUCUUAAGUCCCUGGACAAUGAGGAUUAUAACGUCGUGGUCAUUAGCCCACGGAAUUACUUUCUAUUCACACCUCUCUUGCCUUCGGUUGCCAUCGGUACCCUUGAUCCACGAUCGAUAAUUCAGUCCACGCGUUAUAUCACGCGUCACAAGAAGCGCAUUGUUCAUGUGUAUGAAGCAGAAGCCACAGAAGUUGAUCCUGUCAGCAAGACAGUGACGUACCAGGAUACAUCUCCCGUCAAGGGACAACAAGAUUCCGGUACAAUUAAAUACGACUAUUUAGUCUACGCAGUUGGCGCCGAAACUCAAACCUUCAACAUCCCUGGAGUCAAGGAGCAUUCUUGUUUCAUGAAGGAGCUAAAGGAUGCUGAAAAGAUGAGAACAAUGGUUAUGGAUUGCAUCGAAUCUGCUGCUGUAGAAGCCGGGAACCCGGAUUCACAAGACGACAUCAAUCGGCUUUUGCAUAUGGUGGUAGUUGGUGGGGGUCCGACUGGUGUUGAGCUAAGUGGAGAGCUCCACGACUUCAUUGUCGAAGAUCUGAAGCAGUGGUAUCCGGAACUGGCAGACAGAGUGCGAGUGACUCUGAUUGAAGCGCUUCCCAAUGUUCUUCCGAUGUUCUCGAAGCAACUGAUUCAAUAUACUGAAUCAACAUUCAAAGAGAACAAGAUUGACGUCCUGACCCGCACAAUGGUGAAAGAGAUCAACGAGAAGUCUGUCAUUGUGCAGAACGACAAGGGGGAGCUGGUGGAAAUUCCAUUUGGUGUUCUUGUUUGGGCAGCUGGUAACGUUGGCAGAGCCCUCACCCGUGAUUUGAUGGCCAAGAUCGGCGCUACACAAUCAAACAAGCGAGGUCUCGAGGUUGAUGAUUUUUUGCGUAUAAAAGGUGCUGAGGACAUAUUUGCCAUUGGAGAUUGCACAGCGACGAGCUAUGCACCAACUGCUCAGGUAGCAACUCAGCAAGGCGUUUGGCUCGCUCGUCAUCUUGGCCAAAUCACUAAGAAGGAGAGACUAGAAGCCAGACUGAGGGAACUGCGGUCAUCCCCGGGGUCGACGCCUGAAGCCAUCGAAACCACUGUCAAGCACAUCAAUAAACAGUCCAAAUUCCGCCCAUUCCAUUACUCGCACCAAGGAUCCUUAGCUUACAUCGGGUCUGAUAAGGCCAUCGCCGAUCUUCCCUUCCUAAAUGGCAAUCUUGCCAGCGGUGGUGUUGCAACAUUCCUGUUUUGGAGGAGCGCAUACGUCUCGAAUUUGUUCUCCCUUCGUAAUCGAGUGCUCGUCAUCAAUGACUGGCUUAAGGUUAAACUCUUCGGACGCGACGUCUCUCGGGACUGAUGAAGUCCAAGCUACACGUAUUUAUGCCAUAGAACUUUGGAAUUUCCUCAGCUUAUUGAUCGAUGUUGCAUGUUUUCAUUUUUGAUUUGUUGACUCAGACAAUGGCCCAGUAAUGUGCUCGAAAGAAUAGACACUACACUUGAUGGAUUUGAAACAGUGGUCGUGGUAACGUAGACAACCUUUUAUUAUAUUCCACUCCCGAAAACUUUGAAGGUGACCUCGAAUAGCUCAGUUGGUAGAGCGUCAGACUGUAAUUGGAAGCCUCUUAUAUCUGAAUGUCACCUGUUCGACCCAGGUUUCGAGGAUGCUCUUUUGUUGGCGCUGUCCCACUCUCCCCCCUAGCAGGUGCAUCGCGUCUUUUUCCAUCUGGACACACUCGAAUCGGUGGGGAUCCCGCGCACAGCAGAAAGUA